AUGGAUGGCGGACUAGGUUUUUUCAGCAAAAUUGCAAUGCAAUACGGCGACUUCCCCGUCGGCCGGCGCGCCACCGGCCUCCAGAAGGUUGUCGGCAGCCCUGCGUACGCGGCGCUCAUCUGCCUCGCGACCCUCGUCGGGCUGCACGUGGACAUCAUCGCCCUGGGCGCGUCGCUGGGGCGGUCCAGCAGCGAGUCCGCGGCGAUCGUGGCGGCGACCUUCGCUCCAGUGGGUGCCGCUUGGGUCGCCGACCUCGCCGUCUCCGUGUACGCCUACCGCACCUCGCGCGUCCACGCAGAGUCGCUGGGCCUGGUGAUGGUCGGAGUGGACGUGGCCGCGACGCUCGCGGCGGUCCUGGCGAUGAUCCUCUGCACCGUCGGCGUGGCGGACCGCGACAGCGGCAUCCUGGUCUUCCCCUCGGACGGCACGUGGGACGUGGGCGGCCUCUGCGCCGUCGUCGGCCGCCUGUUCCACCUCGGCUCCUUCGUCUCCCACCUCCUCCUCGCGAUCGCGCACAUCAAGUUCGUGGUCGUCCUGGCGCGCUACCGCGUCUGGCACCUCGUGCACUGCGCCAUGGAGGGCGCCAUCUCCGCCGGGGAGCACUGGAGCAACCUGCAGGCCAUCCGGGCAACCAAGGUGACGUGCGUCGUGCUGCUCAGCAUCGCCGUCGUCGUCAUCUCGGGCACCUCGCAGCUGUCCGCGGCGCAGGAUAGAGAGCGCUACAACGGCAUGGUGCGCGCGCUCGUCGGCACGGUGCUCCCGACUGUGCGCGACCAGGCCACCCUCGACAGGCUCUACGCCAACCUGCAGCGAGGCCGCACGCCCCUCGACGUGCUGCAAAUCACCUCCGGCGCCUUCACGGUCGGACCCCCGCCUGGCUCCGAGGAGGCCAGUCUCGUGGCGCACGCGCUGGUGGUUCGCGACGACGGCGAAGCGACGGAGGCGCGGUUCUGGACGGACGACUGGGCGCGCGACCGCAUGGUGACUUUGUGCUGGUGGCACAUCAUCCUAGCGGUGCAGAUCCCGCUCUACAUGGCCUUCCUGUUCUUCACCUCCGUGCGCGCCGUCCUCAAGCCGCUGCGCUCCCUCCUGCACGAGGUCUUCGUGAUCGCGGGCGAGAUCGAGAAGGUGGGCCUCGUCGUGCACGGGAGGGGGGGCGCGGCACCGCCGGUGGCGCGCACCGUGUCCAAGGCGGGCGGGCGGCGGCGCGCGCUGGACUCGCUGCCGGCGCAGAUCGCGGGCGUCGCGCACACGAUGCGCGUGAUGCUCCUGGCGGCGACGCGGGGCCGCAACGUGAUGCAGCGGCUGUUCCACGAAGCCGAGGUGGAGGGGCGGGAGGGCGCGACGCAGUGGCUCGACCUGUACGGCGUGCUCAACAGGGACGUGAACGAGUCGCACGCGCACGGGUCGAAGGGCGGCGCGGCGGGCGCCCGCCUGAUCGCGCACCUAGCGAAGGGGCUCCGGCAGCGCACGCCAGCGGGUCUCAUGGCGCAGGGGAGCUCGGAGGGCCGCCGCGCGACGACGCACUCGGCGACGCCGGCGCUGGUCGCGCGCACGCCGUCGAAGUCCGGCAACGGCGCGGCGUCGGGCCGGUCGUUCAAGCGCGUGCACCGCAGCGUCGGCGCCGUCGUGGGGAAGAGUAUCGACGAGGACGCGUCCGUGGAGGCCGCGCCGCCGGAGCGCGUGGACCGCCUGGUGCUGCUGGGCACGCCGGAGUGGGACGUGAUGGAGCUGGAGGAGGACGAGAUUCUGACGCACGUGCUGGAGAUGUUUGCGGUGCUGGGUCUGACAACGCGGCGCGAGCAGUCGCGGCGGUCGAUGGCGCUGUCGCGGUCGACGACGGCGGACAAGGGGUCGACGGGCACGGGGGCGUCGUCGGUGGGCAGGCCGAGCAACACUUCGCGGGGCGCGGGGGCGGUGCACCGGGCGCUGCGGCUGGACACGGAUCUCGACGGGGACGAGGGGCUCGUCGACGAGGAGGUGCUGCGGAUGUUCCUGUGCCGGCUGCGGGCGCGGUACGCCGACCGGCCGUACCACAACUGGCGGCACGCGGUCGACGUGUGCCACACCGCCUUCUGCAUGCUCAUCUCGAGCCCCGAGCUCACGAACGCGCUGACGCGGCUCGACGCGGUCGCGGUGCUCGUCGCGGCGUGCGGGCACGACGUCGGCCACCUCGGCGUGUCGAACGGCUUCUUGGUGGCCACGCGCCACCCCCUGGCCCUCAAGUACAACGACGAGAGCGUGCAGGAGAACAUGCACGCGGCGGUGCUCUUCCAGAUCAUGGCCGAGUCGAGCGCGACGGACGUUCUCGCGGCCCUCAAGCCCGCGGAGUUCGCGCGGGUCCGGAAGCUCAUCAUUCGGCUCAUCAUAUGUACCGACAUGAGCAAACACUUCGACUUGCAGGCCGCGAUCGAGCUCGUCGCGGACCGCUUCCCCGACGACGAGCCCGUCGGCACCGUCGUCCGCUCGGACCUCUCGUCGAUGCUGUGCGCCGUGCUGCACCUCGCCGACCUCGGGCACACCUUCAAGCCGGUGUCGCUGUCGCCCCAGUGGGCGGCGCGCGUCGUGGACGAGUUCUACCACCAGGGCGACUGCGAGCGCGAGCUCGGCAUGAACGUCAACCCCAUGAUGGACCGCAACUCGGGGCGCGUGCCGGUGCAGCAGAUGGAGUUUUACGAGGUCUUCAUUCGCCCGUACCUGACGCAGCUCCUGCGCGUGGCGCCGUCGAUGGCGCCGAUCCUCACGCGCACCGUCCUCAUGUACCUCUACUGGGCGUCCGAGGCCAUCCCGCUGAUGUCGGCGGACGACGGCAGCGCGCUGUUGUCCAACGGCGCCAGCCACGAGAAGGAGAGGGACGGCGGGAAGGAGAAGGAGGAGAAGGAGAAGGAGAAGGAGAAGGAGGAGAGGAAGGAGAAGGAGAUGGACACGCGGUCGAGCGCGGCGAGCAGGUGGCUGGACGGCAAGGACGGCAAGGAGACGCGCACGUCCUUGAUAUGGCGCGGGGGGGCCAACAGGGCAGGCAGCACUGCCGCCCUGCACACGUCGUCGCAGCGCCGGCAGCACGCCCUGCGCGUGCGCGACUUCGUGCUCUCGGCGCUGCCGCUCUGCGACGACGAGAAGGCGGUCGUCGCGGCCGCCACGCAGUUCCUCAGCGCUUGUGUCCCAGAGGGGGGGGUCAGCCUCAUCGGGAAGGACGCGUACGACGCGGCGUACGCGGCGCGGCUGGGGCUCGGGACGGGCGAGCGCAUGGUGGCGCCGAGCCCGUCGACGAGCCGGAAGAACCUCGCGCGGUCGAAGCCGACAUCUGCGAUGGAGGCCGAGCGCGCUAAUCGCGAGUAA